AUGUUUUUGCCUCAUAAUCCUCACCUCUCUCACUGGCUCGCCACAUUCUUACUGCUCAAUUGCUGGAAAGCAGGUGGAGCUCACAAUGGGUCAGAGGUGGUGACCUCAAUGCAGCGGGCUAGCAUCCCAUCCAUCGUGGUGAAGGAGGGGUCGAGCAUGCUGAUUACGUGUAACGUGACCGGGACCCAUGAUAACAUCAGCUGGUACAACUCUAAAGGACCCCUGCAGGGUGACAACGCAGGUGGAAGGUGGCAGAUUCAAGAGGAAGGCAUCCUGAACAUCACGGAGGUCUUGUUUGAGGACCGUGGCAGCUACACCUGCGUUGCCUCGAGUGCCAGCGGCGGCACCCAAAACUACACGGUGACUCUUCGCGUUGCCUACUCUGACAGUGGCUUGGGGCUGCAUUUCGUCGUUGUGUGCCUGGUGGCCUUCACCAUCACCAUGAUCCUCAACGUGGCCCGCCUGUGCAUGGUCAGCAGCCACCUCAAGGAGAUGGAGAGGGUCAUCAAUGAGUUCUUCCGGACAGAGGGCGCAGAGAAGCUGCAGAAGGCAUUCGAGGUCGCCAAGAGCAUCCCCAUUGUCACUUCAGCCAAGACGGUGGAGCUCGCCAAGGUCACGCAGUUCAAAACUAUGGAGUUUGCCCGUCACAUCGAGGAGCUGGCCCGCAGCGUGCCAUUGCCGCCACUCAUCCUAAACUGCCGGGCGGUGGUAGAGGAGAUGGGGGAGACCGGGAGCCCUGCAUCAGAACACAUAGAGUCGACUGUGGCGAAAGGGAACAGACAGAUUACUGCCCCCCCCAACCCCGACAAGGAUGGAGAGGAGCAGGCACUGCUUUCAAGCAAAGGGCAAAGGAAUGAUGGAGGUGGUGACUACGUCAAAGUGUCCGUCCAUACAGCUUCUGAGAAGACCGUCAGUGAGGAUAGAGGACCCGCUGAUGUGCUCCAACCAGGCACACGAACAUCUGUGUGUUAUGACAGUAACAUAUGA